AUGGCCUCCAAGCGGCUGAUUCACAUCGCCGACCAUCUACAUGGGGUUGUGUCUUCCUUGAAAAACACCUUGACGAACAAGGGUACUAGUACCAGCGCCAUGUCCGAAAGCGAUAAGGGCGUCGACCACUCGAAAGUGGAUUGGACAACAGCCAAGAUACCCUCAUUCGACGCGUUGCCCGCGUUUAAGAAUCUCCCUGGUUGUGCUUGGGGAGUAUGGGGACCUGACGAUCAGCUGGGGACCGUCAACCUAUUGACGGACGAGGUUGUCAAAAGGGCGGCAGCUGAGGAGGUCAAACUUGGGACGGGAGUGUCGCUUAACUGGCCGCUAAAUUUCCCGGAGAAGCCCGUAUUCAAGAGGAAGGCACCUGAAGUCAAUCAAAUUGUCCGUCUGGCUGUCGGAAUCCGCGACGAUGAAAUCCAUAUUAACUCGCAGUCUGGGACCCAAUGGGAUGGUUUGCGGCACUUUCCGAUUCUUGAACAUGGGGUUUACUACAACAAGUUAAGACCUUGCUCCCAGUCUGCUGUCAUAUUAACACGCACCAGCACGCCCAUCGAUGCACUUCCCAGCGGCAUCCACCCCUUUCCCAACCCGCACGAAAUUCAUCCGGAACAUGGCAAGAUUGGAAUCCAGAACUGGGCUACGCACGGAAUUUGCGGGCGAGGCGUACUCCUCGACCUUGUCUCAUAUCAAACUUCGCUAUCGGCAGACAAGAAGACUUUGCCAUACGACCCGUGGUCGACCCAUGCCAUUACCGUAGAACACCUUGAGGCCUGUGCGGCGGCACAGGGAGUCAAAUUCAGGCGAGGAGAUAUACUGCUGUUGCGAGUCGGGUUCAUCAAGAGAUAUUACGAGGCUUCACAAGCGGAGCGCGAGGAGUUAGGAACCAAGGAGGAGGCAUUUGCGGGCAUUCAGCAGUCAGAGGGCAUGAAGCGAUUCCUAUGGGAUAACCAUUUCGCGGCGAUAGCAUCGGAUCAGCCCGCACUAGAGUGCUGGCCACCGCCAGCCGGGCCAUCGCAUCUUCAUCAGACACUUCUUGGGCUAUGGGGAAUGCCCAUCGGCGAGUUUUUUGAUCUGGAGAAAUUGGCCCAAGUCGCAGCUGAAACGGGCCGCUAUACAUUUUUCUUUUCCUCUUGGCCACUAAACAUUAUCGGUGGAUGCGCUUCUCCUCCUAAUGCGGCCGCCCUUUUCUGA